CAGUUCCGAACAACUCUUCUCCUGCUCGCGAUUUCAAGUGAGAUUUUGACAAUCUGCGAUCCAUUUUGCAGUUGAGUCUGGCGUGUCUGGUGAUUCUUAAUGUCUGCUGGGGUUUAGAUUUAUUUUGUCAAUGGAUGACUUGAUUUGGAUUUUGAGAGUAAUUAUCCCUACAAAAUCUGCCUGAAAGCUCUGGGUCUCUGGCAGAUAAUUUGCACUGAUAUGUUGACAUUUAAGUCUCUGAAUUUAUACUGUUGUUUAAUUAAUCAGUGAGAUUGGGGUACGGAGGAUUAGAGUUCUCUUUAAUUUGGUCGACAGGGUGUGUAUACUCAAAUUAUUGUUAUUUUAACUAUUUCUUGAGGAGAACUGCCUAUGAGGGUCAUGCAAGAGUUACGUUGAGCAGCUUGAGAGUAGUGAACUAGCAUUUAAGAACUGCCCCAGUCUGGCCCUGGAGAGCUACUUGGAUUCCGGCCACCAAGGGACGGUGCCGCCCAUGGCACCUUCUCGGGCGGUCGGGGGUUUAGGAAAUUCUUCAUCGAGUUCUGGUAUCUUCUUUCAAGGUGAUGGGCAGUCACAAGUUGUAGUUAAUUCUCACUUAAGUUCAUCAUUUGGGAACUCUGCAAGUUCGAUUCCAGGAACUGGGCGUUCAAGUCUGGGUCCAGUUUCAGGAGAUAUGAAUAACACAGUCUUGAACAGUGUUGCAAAUUCUGGACCAAGUGUUGGGGCAAGUUCAUUGGUUACCGAUGCAAAUUCAGCACUUUCUGCAGGACCCCAUUUGCAGAGAAGUGCCAGCAUCAAUACAGAUUCUUACAUGCGUCCACCAGCAUCACCCAUGUCAUUCUCAUCCAAUAACAUAAGUAUUUCAGGCUCUUCAGUCAUGGAUGGUUCUUCCAUAGGGCAACAGAACUCGCACCAAGACCAGAGCUCACAGCCAGUGCAUCAGAGUCAACAGCAGCAGCAAGGGGCUUCUAGUGCUACAUCCUUGCCCACAUCACAAGCUGGACAAGUUUCCCUUCCCAAUGGUUCCCGUGUACCAGGUUCUUUCAUUCAGGAGCCUAAUAAUUUAUCACAAAUGCAAAAGAAACCUCGACUUGAUAUCAAGCAGGAGGAUAUUCUGCAGCAGCAGGUUAUUCAACAGUUGCUGCAGAGACAAGAUUCCAUGCAGUUGCAAAACCAUAAUCCACAAUUACAAGCCUUAUUUCAACACCAGAGAAUUCGGCAACAGCAGCAACAUAUUUUGCAGUCAAUGCCACAGCUUCAGCGAGCCCAUUUGCAGCAGCAGCAGCAGCAGCAGCAGCAGCAGCAAUUGCAGUUGAGACACCAACUGCAGCAACAGGGAAUGCAGCCUGUAUCUGCUGUGAAGCGCCCCUUCGAUGCUGGUGUAUGUGCUCGUCGGCUAAUGCAAUAUUUAUAUCAUCAACGGCAAAGGCCACCUGACAAUGCAAUUGCCUAUUGGAGGAAAUUUGUGGCAGAGUAUUAUUCUCCUCGUGCCAAAAAGAGGUGGUGUUUGUCAUUGUAUGAUAAUGUUGGACAUCAUGCAUUAGGUGUUUUCCCACAAGCAGCUAUGGAUGCAUGGCAGUGUGAUAUUUGUAACUCUAAAUCUGGAAGGGGAUUUGAGGCAACAUUUGAAGUGCUCCCGAGACUCAAUGAAAUCAAAUUCAGCAGUGGUGUCACUGAUGAGCUUUUAUUUCUAGACUUGCCACGUGAAUUUAGAUUUUCUUCUGGAAUAAUGAUAUUGGAGUAUGGAAAAGCUGUUCAAGAGAGUGUGUAUGAACAACUUCGUGUCAUUCGUGAGGGUCAGCUUCGUAUCACAUUCACUCCUGAUUUGAAGAUACUUUAUUGGGAAUUUUGUGCACGACGCCAUGAAGAACUUCUUCCUCGUAGAUUGGUUGCCCCACAGGUGCAUCAGUUGGUCCAGGUUGCACAGAAAUGCCAAAGCACAAUUGCAGACAGUGGAUCUGAUGGGGUUUCUCAGCAAGAUUUACAGACGAACAGCAACUUGGUCCUGACAGCUGGGCGCCAGCUUGCAAAGAGUUUAGAGCUGCAGUCAUUGAAUGACUUGGGAUUUUCUAAGAGAUAUGUGAGGUGCUUACAGAUAUCAGAGGUUGUCAAUAGCAUGAAAGACUUGAUAGAUUUCUGUAAGGAGCACAAAGUUGGACCAAUCGAUGGUUUGAAAACCUAUCCUCGGCACGCCAGUGCAGUCAAGCUCCAGAUGCAAAAAAUGCAGGAAAUGGAGCAGCUAGCAAGUGUACAGGGUCUGCCAACAGAUCGGAACGCCCUGAACAAACUAAUAGCAUUGCAUCCUGGACUGAACGGCCACAUGGUCAAUAACCACCAUAUGGUUGGUCGAGGAGCUAUAAAUGGUUCACCGCAGGCUGCUUUGGCCAUGACUAACUACCAGAAUCUGCUGAUGAGACAGAAUUCAAUGAACUCGAACCCCAAUUCGAUUCAAACAGAAGCGUCAUCUUCCUUAAACAAUUCUAACCAGAGUCCAUCUUCAACAUAUCAAGGGCAGUCUGCUCUAAUGCAAGGAUCCCUUUCAAGUAUGCCAGUUAGUGGCUUCUCAAGUCCUCAUCUGCAACCACAACAGCAGCAGACUCAACAGCGUUCAUUCAACCCUAAUAGCCUGCACCAACAGAGCCACCCACAGACCUCUCAAGCCAGCCAGACUUUGCAGCAGCAAAUGAUCCAGCAACUUCUGCAGGAGAUGACUAAUAACAGCGGGUCAGGGGUGCAGCAGCAGUCCCUUUCUGGGCAGACGUCGAAUGGGGGUUUUGUGAGGAAUGGAGUUGGGUUUGGAAACAACAAUAAUUCAACAGCAGCUGCAACCAGCCCUAAUGUGCAAGCAAGUGUUGGCGGUCCUACACCCAGCAGGAGCAACAGUUUCAAAGCUGCUUCAAACAGCGACUCCUCUGCUGCUGCUGGCGCUGGCAACAACAGCAACGGAUUCACCCAUAGAGCUCAAGAGUUGCCUCAAAAUCUUCAUUUGUCAGAUGAAUUGGUCCAGGAUAUAACUCCUGAGUUCACUGAGAAUGGGUUUUUUAACAGUGACCUCGAGGAUAGUAUGGGUUAUGGCUGGAAAGCGUGAUUAACAGAAUAUAACCCUGUUGCUUGUUUUCAACAGUCGUUCUUUGUACAGGGAUAUUUGAAACAGCUUCCUUCUUCUUCUUUUCUUUUUGGGGUUUUAUUUUUACCAUUUUUAAUUAUUGAGCAUGUCGGGACGGUGUCUAGUACUUCAUAUCCUUAGGUAUCUUAGCAAGUUUCGUUAUGUGGGCUUUCGGUUUCCAAGUCUUGGCAAGUGUAAUCUAUUGGACAAAAACUCACACCCACCUUUGAGUUAACCCCGAUUGAUAAUGUUGACGUGCUUCAUUUCUUUGGGUUUUA